GGUCGUCUGUUGAGGGAGGGAGGCGAGCAGAACUCGUGCGCAUCGAAGCAGCGCAUGCCGAGACGAGGUGAACAACAGGAUGCUAUUUGUCUUGCUUGAGGGGGGUGCCCGUGAUUCAAACACGGGAAACGACGGCAGAGAGUGGCCGCAUGUCGCUUUUUUUUUUCUUUUUUUUUUUUUUUUUUUUUUCGCUCGGUGUACGCCUUCCCUCGAGGCGAGGGCGAAAAGGUCAAUAGGAAGACAAGAGAAGGACACAUUGCGACGGCCUUACGCCAGCGUUGUACCACAUCCGGAACCAGACCUGUUGAUCUGCUCUACGGCGUCAGCGUCAGCGGUGGUGAUGUGGUCCUCCUCUCUAGCCCGGCCCUCGUGGAAGAAGGGCUGGCAUGCCAGCACCCGCGGAAACAAGCCACCAAAGUAUUUGCGGCGGUCUCUCGCAUGUGACGGUGGAGGGGUGGGGGGUCUUUGUGACUGCGGACUCAACCGGCGGGAUGGAAGACCUUUUUUUUCUUUCUUUUUUUUUUUCUUUUUUCGUAGCAUCAUCACAGGCCAGCGACACGGUUCUCGCACGCGCGCCGCCCUCAUUGGUGACAGGGAGAGAGUGAGCAGUGACAUGUGCGUUGACUCAAAUCCUCCCCCAAGAGCCAACAACAUGGCACCGGGCAUUCAACGAUUCAGCCCAAGGGGGGGGGGGGGAGAAAGCGUGGAUGGCAACCGACCAUCCGAAGGCUGACGAAAGGGAUGAGAAACAGGUCUGAGAGUUG